UUUAUGCUUUUCUCUUAGGUUAAAGAUGACAUGAAAAUAAUUGAAACUAACCUAUUCUGAUCUAUCAAAACAAUAAUACGCGGUAAAGAAAAGAAAAGCAAUUGCAAUAAUUAGCAAGAAUGACUACUUCAAAAGAAUUAAGUUUAGCUAAAAAGAAUCUCGUAGCAUCGCUUGGUGACAACGCUAAAGUAUAUUUUGAAAAAAUGAAGCUAUGGUUUCAAAUGAAGACCACAAAGGAAGAAUUUGAUAGCGAAGCACGUACUCUUAUGACAGAAGACCAAGUGCGUUUGCAUAAUGAAUUUCUGCUAUGUCUUUUUAAUAAAGUUCGUGGGUUAGCCGUCACGCCAACUUUUAAGGUAGACAGAGAUUCAAAGGAGAGGAGAUUAAAACGCAAAUACAGAACAGAUAAAUCUAAUUUUGAGCCAGCAGAUAUGUACGUGGAAGUACUCAGUCAAACUUCUUCGCCUGUCGGAGAUGAACCUAUAGGUGCUAAUCGUUCUAGUGCUCAAGAACUUGUAUUACCAGAUCGGACUUUUGUACUAGCUCGAUUAAUGCUCGCUGCAUGGGAAAAUAAUAUGGAUGGAGCUGAAGAAAACACUGCACAUAUUGUCAUAGCUGCAACACAAAUUUUUUUAAAAAAUAUACUCACUGCAAUCUUUACACAAAGGAAAGGAUAUGCCGUCCGGGAGAACUCCUUUAUUUAUAAUAUAGGAGAACCAGUACCUAGUUCAUGGAAAAGAAACUCUAUACAUAUAACACCAUACAAUUUUGGGCCGACAGAAGUAAUAGAACAUUUCCAAGUUCCUGUAUCAAAACCGUUUUUCGAAGAGGCUGAACAAGCUACUGCUUUUGCAUAUGCUUGUUCUACACAAAUACCCCGCCCUCCAUUAAAACCAGUUAGCACAGCUGACUUGCAACACGCAUUAAAGAUUUAUAAGAAUCUUGUUAAUAAUCACACAAUAUAUGCUACAAAUAUGGAGCGACUGUAUACGUAUGCUACUCAUCCAACAUGGGAAGAUCUGGAGGCAAGAAAAUUAUUAUUACAUUCUUCAACAUAAAAAGAGAACUUUACAUACGAAUAAUUUCUAUUAUAGUUUCAAUGUUUUCUUUUUUUAUGUAAUAAUUGUUUAUCAAACUAAAUUAUUAAAAUAAACCUAUUCAAAUUACAUAUCA